AUGGCAGACCCUCUGUACGAGCUCUUGAGGCCUCAUAUUAUAGAAACCUCUCCAACCACAACCACGACGUCAGCUUCCAAUCUUGAGAUAUCUAGAUACUUGUCACGUUUGGUUUCUCUCCGCCUGGUUGAUUUGACCACAACCGAGCCACAGUCUCUGGCUCAGUCCGCUCAAUCAAAUCUGGUCUCAAUCCAAGCACUAAGCUCACGUUCACAUCGCACAACGACCACCUCAUCAGACCAGCUGUCCACACUCCGCACAUCAUUACCCUCGUUAUCCUCUUCAGUCGAUGCCCUUAAAGGCGCCAUCCCCGACCUCGACUCGAGCGCGGUCAAAUUCGCAUCGACAUACAACCGCUCCAAGGACGAGACAACAGGCGGCAAUGCGCUUCUCGCUAGGCGGCGGGAAUCAGCCAUGCUGGCCCGCCAAGCCGACAAAACCCAGGACAUCCUCGAGCUUCCCUCCCUUCUCUCCGCCGCCAUAGCAUCGGCAAGCAGCAACGCCAACGCUACAUCCACUUCCGGUGCAAACUACACGCAAGCCCUCGAUCUCUUCGCACACAUCAAACGCCUCCAGAUCCUAUACCCGGACUCCCAGCUAGUCAAGGAUGUCGUCGCGGAUGCCGAAGUCGCCAUGAAGGAGAUGACGAGCAACCUCAUCUCUAGCCUGCGUACACAAAACAUCCGCCUGGCCGCCGCUAUCCGCAUGAUAGGUUGGCUACGCCGUGUCGCUCCCGAACUAGACACGUCCAGCUCUGAGACACGCCCGUCGAAGGCGCCAGGCACACAGUUCAGCAUGUCCUCGUCGUCUCAAACCACCACAUCCCAAGACGAAGGGCACUUUGGUGCACUGUUCCUCUGCGCCCGCCUCGCCACGUUUCUCAGCAUGACCGAAGCUCUCGCUCCACUGCGCGAGCUCGCCGACCAAGAGACACAAGCGCGAAAAACAAACGGGUCCUCGACAUUAGCGACGCGCGACACACGACCCGACGUCACCCGCAAAUCAUCCAGCUCCGGCGGGAGCUCAUACAACCCUCUCGCCGGCCAACAGACCGAAAGGUACCUGAAGCGUUAUAUUGAGAUAUUCCGCGAACAAUCCUUCGCCACGAUAAGUAUGUACCGGAGUAUAUUUCCCGACGAUGAAGGCGGAGCGGGUGGUGAGAGCAACACCAAGUCUUCGUCUCAAGGGGACACUGGCUCGAAUUCACCAUCGCGCUCGCUCUCACUUUCACUCUCUCUGCCUCCAGCUUUACAAUCCUUCCCGCUCCACCUGGUCGAGAUCUUCAUGGCAACGUUGAAGGAGUACCUGCCCAACAUUACGGACCCGGCAGUAAGGGAAUCUCUGCUCAUGCAAGUUCUGUACGCGGCCAACAGUCUAGGUCGACUAGGUGCGGACUUUAGUCUCAUGAUUGCGACGCUUUAUGAAGAUGACGACGACGACGACGACGAGGAGGAGAAGGAGAAGAAGGAGAAGGAAGAGGCAGAUGGAGAGGAGGAGAGUUCCGAAAUCCCACAGAACGGCGAACCAAAAGACGAAGACGACGACGCCGGCGAGCACGUCGACAAAAGUGAUGAGGAGCAAAAAGAGUCAGAGUCAGAGGAGACAUCGCCCGUCGUACAGUCUCUGCCGCAGCCGCGACAGUUGGCCGAACCAGAAUGGAUCUCCGUGAUCAAGAAACACCGUGUCCAAGCAGCGAGAUUGGAGGCGCUUGCGGCAGGCCAGGACCGGGUCGUGCAGAGGCGCGAGCCGAGCGACAUUGCAGUCCGAUAA